ACGAUUUAUCGGGGCUCAUAAAAAUUAAUUGUGUGCUGUAAAAGUGGCAUGUAGCGUUGGGUUUUGGUUAAAGGGAUCAGUUUAUUUGGUGGCCAUGACUUGAAGUUUGAUGCACGAGUACGAAUACAUCUAAUUAUAUAACCCGAAAGAUUACAAAUUUAUCAUGGCUGCCACCAACUUGGAGCAACAUUUGGCGAAACCAGUUCAUAUACAAAGAUUAGAGAGAAGCCUACGCUUGGAACCUUUUCUUGACCAGGUUCAAGAAGCCUUAAGAAGAGAUGAUGAUGACUCGUCUGACAGCUUCCAUGACCCUGCUGUGAAAAUGACGGAAGAUGUUAAAUUCCUGCAUGGGUUACCUGUUUCAAAAUCAGAUAGGCUAACAAGUAAGUUGCGCUUGUACAACUUUGAACAAGUUGGAAAUGAGCGUGCUUGGUUGAAAGAUGUACUCCUUAGUGAUUCAAGCUCCAAUGAGUCUGAAUCUGAAGACCAUGUUGAGGAAGGAAUUCAUGAAUUACUCUACUUACAUCGUCUGAGAAAGAAAUAUCAAGCAAAAUUUUAUUCAUCAACAAAAAAUCGACAGUUUAUGUACUACUCAGCUGGCCUUCUCUCUAAGAGAGACAUAUACCCUGAACAUAAAUCUUCUAUAUUGAAAAGUGAAGAGUUAAAAUCUGAAAUUGAUAAAAAAGAUAAGUUGAUUCCCAAGGAAACCAAACUUAUUAGAAGGAGGAAAAAGAAAACAAUUGAUGAGGAAAAAGAAUCUGAAAUGAAGAUUUUGAAUGUUAAAAUUGAGCCUGGGAUUCCUGGCCCUUCAAAUUUGGAAACAAAAGAUACAUUAGAUGUUCCUCUUAAAUCUGUGAUUGCAACUGUAAAAAAAGAACCAAUUGAUUUUCCGGAAACAGCUGAUUUCAGCUUUGAGUCAGACGUUGAAGAAUCUGGAGGGCUCUUUCGAAAUGUUAUGGAGACAGGUAGUGGGCUACAAUCUCCCUCUCCGGUUCCAUCGCUUUCCCCUACACCUUUCAGUCCAUCUCCUCAACCGUCACCAAAAGGAAAGAAAAAAAAGGACCGAAUAAAAAAAGAGAAAGUAGAAAAGAAAGGAAAGUCAAAGAAAGAAAAGGGGCCACCUUCAGUUAAAGCUCUAAUUGCUCAGCGGCGAAAACUUUGGUUGCUUAUUUGCAAGAAGGAAAUAAGCAAGGCAUCUAAAGCUCGCAUGAACAACCACAAAGAAGAAUUGGUAUCUUGCAAGCGGGCGGCAACCGGUUGCAUGCGUGUUUGCCGUCUGCGCGCAAUGCAGUCACAGAAAGCUAUGAAAGAAAUUGUCUGGCGAGCUAAGAGGCUCACACGCGAAAUGCAAUCUUACUGGAAACGUUAUGAUCGAGUUGAAAAGGUUCAACGUCGACAAGCAGAAAAGGAGGCAGAGGAACAGCGCAAGCUUGACGUUGAGUUGAUGGAGGCCAGAAGGCAACAGCGAAAACUAAAUUUCCUCAUCACACAAACGGAACUCUACGCCCAUUUCAUGGCAAAAAAACUCGGAAACCCCGAUGCAGCUGCCCAGCACGAUUUAAUUCUCGGUCAUCUUGAUGAAGAAGUUAAUUCACAGUUAGCUUACCUUGAUGAUUAUGACGCUGAGGCAACAAAACAGCGCGUAAUGAACAAUGUUACCACAGCGUUUCAUGUGCAUCAACAGCAAACACAACAGUUUGAUGAUGAAGACGUGCCGGAAGGAUUACCACACAAUGAACCGCAACCACGGCCGGAGCACGCACAACCGAAAAUAUUUCAGGGGUCUUUGAAAACAUAUCAGUUGAAAGGUAUGAACUGGAUUGCCAACUUGUACGACGAAGGCAUUAACGGCAUCCUUGCGGAUGAGAUGGGUUUGGGUAAAACUGUACAAUCCAUCGCUUUCUUGGCUCACAUUGCCGAGCAGUAUGGAAUUUGGGGUCCUUUUCUCAUCAUCUCCCCGGCCUCAACUUUACACAAUUGGCAGCAAGAAUUGGCACGCUUCGUUCCCAACUUCAAAGUCAUCCCUUAUUGGGGAAGUCCUCAGGAAAGGAAAAUUCUUCGGAAAUUUUGGGACACUCGCAAUUUACAUACGCCAGAAGCCAGUUUUCACGUAGUUGUCACGUCUUACCAGCUGAUCGUAACCGAUUAUAAAUACUUCAAUCGUAUCAAAUGGCAGUAUAUGGUACUGGAUGAAGCGCAGGCCAUUAAAAGCGCAUCUAGCGCCCGUUGGAAAAUGCUACUCGGAUUUAAUUGUCGUAACAGACUUCUUCUGUCCGGUACACCAAUUCAAAAUAGCAUGGCUGAACUUUGGGCUCUUCUGCAUUUCAUCAUGCCCACUUUGUUUGAUUCGCACGAAGAGUUCAACGAAUGGUUUUCCAAAGACAUAGAGUCUCACGCAGAAAACAAAACAGGCAUCGAUGAAAAACACUUAUCUCGUUUGCAUAUGAUCCUUAAACCGUUCAUGUUACGACGUGUCAAAAAAGACGUCGAAAACGAACUCUCUGACAAAAUUGAGAUUAUGAUGUAUUGUCCACUUACCAAUAGACAGAGGAUGCUGUAUCAAGCGCUCAAACGAAAAAUUAGUAUAGAUGACUUGCUGUACACGGGUGGAUCAUCUGCAACUGCCCAAAAUGCCACAACAACACUUAUGAAUCUCGUCAUGCAGUUUAGAAAAGUUUGCAACCAUCCCGAAUUAUUUGAAAGAAGAGAGGCCAAAUCUCCGUAUUUCUUCCAACCUGCUGCAUAUAUUCUACCUAAACACCUAUUCCGAGAAGGGCUUUUACGUACGACCGUCCCCAGCAACCGUCAUUUGUUGUUGGGUCGUUUUUUCAUCUGGACCCCAGAAUAUACCCAUCAUUCUCUGUUCCCGCCGGGAUCUGUAAUGGACUCCGUGACCAUUAAUAGCUUCGUAUCGUUUAGCCGCCUCAUCGGACAUUCGCCUUUCGAUCUGUUUUCACUUAUGAACAACGGAGUGUUAUCGAGUUUAAAGUAUGAUUACGACGUUCUCGCGAUUGAAGAAAACCUCCACCAUAAUCACAUUUGGAAAGAUGAAGGAAAACCUCAUUUAUUCGUUCAACCCCUCUUUGCCCUGUCGUCACCUUCCGUGAAGUCUAGCAGCAUUUUGUCGUCUUUCGUCUUCACGUCAGCUGUCGGAACAGGUUAUGCCCAUUUAGAUCAUGUACUUCACAGUAUGCCAGAAACGAUGGAGCAUAGAAUUCUACGCAGCCGGAAAGCUAAGAAUAUUGGGGCCGCUGAGUUUUCGUUUACCGCACGGCCCACACGGACGUUAAAAUGUUUGUGGACUGACAUGCCACAGGUGCUGUCCCUCCCCGUCUUAAAGGUAAACUGCCGUGGCUCUCCUGUUACAUGUAGUGAUCGAAGCGCAGCCUAUUGGCUUGAAGAAUUGUCCCACCCUCGUAAUUGUGAGGGGAUAAGUUUGAUUCUUCAAGGAGCGGCUACAGUUAGCAAACCAACGCCUUCAAUUUUCCAAACGUCAUACAGUGGUGGACUUGAACUAGCUAAGCCUAGGCAUGGGUGGUCCAGCGUGAUUCUUCCAGACAAAGAGACUCUAAUUUGUGAUGCAGGCAAGCUACAGGUGCUGGAUAGUUUGCUACGACGGCUAAAAAAUGAAGGCCAUCGAGUCUUAAUUUACUCACAGAUGACUCGUAUCAUUGAUUUAUUAGAAGAAUACAUGUGGCAUCGUAAGUGGACGUACAUGAGGCUAGAUGGAUCGUCCAAAAUAUCAGAUCGUCGGGACAUGGUUGCUGAUUUUCAGACUAGAUCCGACAUAUUUGUCUUCCUUUUGAGUACCCGAGCUGGAGGUCUAGGCAUUAACUUGACAGCUGCCGAUACUGUUAUUUUUUACGAUAGCGACUGGAACCCCACCGUCGAUCAACAGGCAAUGGAUCGCGCCCACCGCCUGGGACAAACGAAGCAGGUUACGGUCUAUCGGUUGAUUUGCAAAGGAACAAUUGAAGAACGCAUCUUGCAACGAGCGCGAGAAAAGAGCAAAAUUCAGAAAAUUGUCAUCUCUGGUGGAAAUUUUAAGCCCGACACUUUGAAACCCACAGAAGUGGUCUCUCUACUUUUGGACGACGAAGAAAUAGAAAGAAAAUAUCGUCAGCGGCAAGCAGAAAGGAAACAACAGGAAGUGGAGCGUGAAGCUGAACGAAAAAGAAAGUACACAGGAGGAGCGGCCUCUACGGUGCCGGAUGCCAAACGCACCUGCCUGGGUAGCGCAACACCAACAGAAUAUACUCCGGCAGCCAGCCCCACUCUUACUGAGCACUCAUCUCAAAGUGGAUUUCGUUUCGAUGAAACGUCCAACGACGGAUCAUUAAUAGUCGACGACAGCGGACUAGUGGAUCCAGCAGGUGUUGGCCGUUUCACCCCACUAAUUCCUGGGAGACAACGUUCCCGACCAAACCGAGGAACCGGGAGACGAGGACGUCCUCCGGGAUCUGGAAAACGGUCUCUAAUAAUGGCUUCGUCGUCUGGGGCAAAUCGUGAAUCUGUGAAAGCAAAUUUGGCUAACGAAAUAGGUUUUUUGAGUCCGGAAGCCACAAAUCGUCUAUCUGAUAUCUCUAGCAACAAUGGGGAGGAAAUGCCUACAGGACAACAAGAUAUUUCAGCUGGUCCUGCGGUUAGACGUCGCCCGGGGAGACCCCGCUUAAGACCUGUUGGUCCUGCCCACCAGGGAAGUCGAAAGUCGAAAACGGAAGAAGGGAUGCCUGGGAAGAAAACCCGCAGAGGCGCCCCAUCAGGCCCGCGUGUUAUAAAACCUCUUCCGGUACCCAUCGGCCUUAUGGCUAACAAAAAUUCAGACGGUGCGCGCACUUCUUUACCUCCUGGUACUACCUCCACACCUGUUUCGAAAGCUCGGAGCAGUGGCUGUUUUAAUGAUUCUGCAUCGCCAUGAAGAAAA